CUUAUCCUAAUGCCCUCAUUUCUUUCGCAGGAGUGCUGGCGAGGUGUGUACAAACACGAUCCAAUGGGCGCCCGCUUUAAGUACUUUGCGGACGGCUGCUGCAACUUUGCAAACUACUCUGUCCGUGGAUUCGAAGGAGUGACUUCGUUUGAGACGUCCCUUUCAAUUGCGGACAAGAUGUACAGGAGCAAGAUAACCCGCCAGCAGCUGAAAAUCCUCAACACGCACAUUGUUGGCUGGCUGGCACAUGACGUCUCGUUCAACUUGGCUGAGGAAAAGUGUGGUGGCGCAGGAAAUCGGCUCCUCAAGAUGCGGGAAUGGACUGCAGCAUGAUGGCCGCCAGAAAGUGUCGAGUACCUGAAGGAGCUCGGCCGACACGUCGUUUCGGGCACAAAUCUGCCUGCUUGUCUGCUCAGUACAUAGCUAUUUGUAAGCCCAUAUUUGGGACAAUUAACCUUAGUAAGUUUA